UGGGUACCUUACCUACCAACCGAGAGAGAUACCCUCAACUUAGACAGCACUUAAUUACCUCACCUCUACUCCUUCACAACUGCUUAGCUAACUUAGAAGCCAAACAACUAAUUGGAGACUAAGGCACCUACCAAAGCUUAGUCUAAGUGCCUUCCAUGCUACCAACAGGUACCCUACCUAGACACCUACCGACCGCUACAUUAGCUUUGCCAAACGAGCUCGCAGAUCACUCCGGCCCGACAGACCAGCUACGGAUACCUACCUCUCCGCUCGCAUAUGAAAGAUAGCUCCUACUCAGAUUGUUCUCAGGAUUCUUCCUAUUUGACUCCGCUCCCUGCGUCAAGCACGUGAACUUCUACAUUCUCGACCGACUGGUGAUGGACUCAAUCAUGGCAAGCUGUUUGCCCCGCUGAACAAAGGGCUUGAAGAGGAGCGGGAGCUGGUGCAAGCGCAACGGGAGAAAAAAAAAAGAGGCGCCGUGCUUUCUUGCUCAACAUGGCUGGAGAUAUCAACAAUGGAGUCAAUUGGAUCUUCCUCGUAUGGAUGAUUAUUGCUGCAUUACUGUCGUCCUUCUUUGUCUUGUACUUUAACCGUGUCUUUGCUUCCAUCGUAUCCUGGGCGCUGAGGACCUACUCGUGGCACCAAUAUCGAGUCUAUAUCGACAUACAAGCGCUUCAGGUCUCUCUCCUUGCAGGACGAGUCUUCUUCACUGGCCUUCGGUACCACGGCGACAAUGAAACAAUACUCAUACAGCACGGUUUUGUCACCUGGUCUUACUGGUUGCGGAGGGUCCGGUCUGUGAGCAUUGACAAGGAGGAUGAAAACGAGAAAGAGACAAAUGGGAAGACAUGCGCGGAAGAGGCUGGACGACAGAGCGAUGCCCGGGGUGGUACCUCGCGGUUACCAUGCCGAGUAAAUGUGUCCCUCGUAGGCUUGGAGUGGUUCAUAUACAAUCGCAGCCCGGCAUACGACUACGUCAAGCAGCGUAUGAUGGAGGACGACAUUCUUGACAAGGCGGAAACGACAGGCGUGCAGGAAAAAGAGACAUCCGAUAAUCUUAGACAGCGGCGCUCCCAUAACUCCGAGGGGCACACCGAACCUCCAGGAACAGGCUCAACGGAAACACGGCAGAGUUCCAAAGGUCGGUUGUUGCGGUCCAAGCUCAACCCGACAAGCCAUGACGGUCGGCAACGUCCCGGCAGCGUGCGCUCAAACUCGCCGGAUGAAGCCGUGGGUGACAAGGGUACGACGGACGAGGAAAUGCCAAUGCUCCUGCAGCUUCUUCCAAUACAUUUUCAGUGCGAGAAGGCUGCCGUGGUGAUCGGAAAUGAAAAUACGAAAGCCAUUUUGGUGAUGAAGACAGACAGUGUCGAUGGCGAAAUCGACGCUUGUGCAACCGACACCGUCGAUCCGUACCGUCAACUUUUCAAAAUGAAGUUCCAACGGCCCACUGUUGACAUGGUGGAUAAUGAGGAUUUCAAGGAGGACCAGGCAGACAGGGCGGCUCGGGAAAGGCAUGUAGCGCAACAGUCUGAGCCAAUACCGAAACAGUCACUGCUCACUCGACAUAGGCGUAAGAUCUAUGGCACCUUACGGAACCACAUGCCUUUCUUGCGGAAGUCUGUUGAGUCUUUUGCUGUUGAUCACGAGAAGGGUGCUAGUGCUGAACGUGGCGGCCCACCACUGGCUUCUCAUAUCCCCGGUAUCAAUCAUUGGCAAGGCCUCUCCAGAUACCUCGACCAGGACGAUGAUGACAGAAGUCGCUGGACAGGGUCUGAGUAUGCCGCCAUCAGUAACGUUGUCGACAGCACUGAGGCUAGCAUGGUCAUUUAUUGGGAUGCGGUAGGGAAGGUUACCCGUCAACCUACGCACACCCCUGAGGCGACUGGAGAGGCGCAUCAUGACAUCAACGGCGGAGAGCCUCCCGCUUGGGGCAUAAACAUCUCCCUGAAAGGUGGCUCAGUCACGUAUGGUCCAUGGGCCGAUAGACAACGAGCGGAUUUGCAGCGAGUGUUCGCGCCUAGCCUUUGCAAAGAUGCGGUCCCGGCACGGCCGUUGCCCGAAGGCUCAUUCAGGGUUCCGACCAAGUUUAAACUACUCGUCGAGCUAGAAAAUGAUGUUGUGCUUAGGCUGCCACACCGAGAGGAGUCCAAGAAUUGGCGGUGGAAGGGACAAGACGCUCUGGGUGAUGCACGUCGGUCGAUGGCUGGCAAGCCAAAGUCUGGGCUUCGGUCGAAAAAGAAGGAAGUGGCUACUACAGUUCGUCAGCGACCGUAUGGAUGGCUGGACGUCAAGAUCGCAGCCAACGCCACCGUCGCAUUCGAGAUGGACAUGGUUGCCGGUGACACUGGAUUCUCUAUGGAUCUACGCGUUGACCUCCCGGCAGCCGAGAUCUCGACGAGUGUGAACCACCAGUUGUUGUUGCGGUCUGGGCCACAGCGCGUCGUCUGCGAUUUGUCUACCCCUCUCAAAUGGAAUGCUCCUCGACAAUGGUUGUUUGACAUAGACUGCCAAGGCCUCGAGCUGUUUAUUCUCAGAGACCAUAUCUUUCUCCUUACAGAUCUCAUUGACGACUGGGCAAGCGGACCCCCUGCCGAUUACUUGGUCUUCACGCCGUUUAAAUACUGCCUCAACCUCUCAUUGCGUGAUUUGAAAUUAUACCUCAACAUCAAUGAUGCCAACAUAAUCAACAAUCCCACCGACCUAGAAGACAAUGCCUUCAUCAUACUGUCGAGUCCGCUCCUCGAAGCAAACACUUGCAUCCCGAUCGACAAAUACAGGCCUCCCCGCAACGCGAUCCCUUUUAACGUCAAGACAGACCUGGCAACCGUUGCUUUACACUUGCCGCCGUGGAACACUCAAGCCCCCUUUUUAGCAUGUAAGGAGAUUGCGCAAGGAGAGAGCCUCAACAUCAGUGGCGCUUAUCAUUACAACGCGACGACUUCGACAGCAAACACGGACACCUUGGUAUUGGAUCUGAGUGCCCAGUCUCCCUCGGCAAAAUUGUACGGCUUCCUGAUACGCUACUUCCUGAAGCUCAAAGACAACUAUUUUGGUGACGAUAUCCAUUUCAAGACGCUGGAAGAGUACCAGGAGGUGCUGCGGCUUAAGCAGACGAAUCCCGAGGCCGAGCUACGCAACAGGCCUCCUCCCAAGAAAUCCAAUGACCUUGAUGUCAUAUUAACAGUCCGUGCAGACGACCCCAAGGUGAUGCUACCAGCCAACCUAUAUUCGACGGAGAAGCAUAUUCAGAUAGAUACGGCUUGCCUAUCCGCUGAUCUACGUUUUACCAACUAUUACAUGGACCUCAGUCUUGAUGUUGCGCCGCUUAGCUUGUCCCUUGGAAGUGAAGCUCAGGGUGCAGACACGCCAUUGAGUGCUUCGACCAGCACGCAACUAUUCGUGGAUGGUGUCACGAUAUAUGGGCACCGAUUAUUCGGCCUACCGCCGGUAGAGCCGACGUAUCUGUGUAACUGGGACAUCUCAGCUGGUGCGGUGACCGGAGAGUGCUCGGCGGAAUUUCUCGUGGCCCUAGCCAACGGGGGUAAAGCGUUUAUUUUCACGCUGGAUGAUGAAGAGAAUGCCUUGAUACCGGCGUCUGCUGUUGUUCUGUACGACGUGACCUUCCUCAGGGUUUUCGUACAGUCUGUGCGUAUCUGGCUGCACGUUGAAGAAGCUGCGUUUCUCCUGUCGACCGAUGCCAUUGACAUCAAGUUCAAUGAUUGGGCCAACACUCACUACUCGAAGCGUGCCAAUAUCAACAUUCCCGACAUACAGUUCUCAUGUGUCAAUUCGGAGGCGCUUCUGCGUCACAGAGCGAGACCACAACGAGUGGUCGAAGCAGACGCGGUUGUCAAGACCAGUGUCCAUCUUGCCAUUGUUGGGCGGAAGUUCAACUUUACUAAAAAUCGCAGACUGCAACAAGAGCUUCUACGACACGAGGACCAGCGCACGCGGCGGACAGACUUUUUGCUGCUGCCAGAACUACUUGGACCACAUGAGCCGGCUAUAUUGGACCCCCCGGCUCAGCCAUUUCCCCCAGUACCACAACCGACCAACAGGGAAGACAUACAAGACUUGGGAGGUGAUGUCUCCUCGUUCAACUCUGGACGUAGCCCACAUGGAUUUCGCGGACUCCGCCACAAGAGCUCUUUUCUUUCUCUGGAAAGUUCGAGUGCAAGCAGCGUAGUUCGAGCUCGGAGCUCUCAUCGGUCAAGUAUGAGCUCACGACAUCAUCAUCACCAGCUUCGACCUCUUUCAACACUCGAUCCCCGACCAACUGGAAGGACAUCGCAGCGAUCGAAACAGCGCCGGGAAAUAUCUGCAUCCACCCGCCAUUCGGCCUUUUACAGUGCUACUGGCGAUUACAACGACCGUCACGAGGCCAACCACGAUACAGUUGCUUUCUCAAGUCAAUAUUUUGCCCCUCAUUUUCCGCUGAACACCGUGGUGGUAGACACGUCCGAGGCAGAUUUCCGCACCGGCGCGGCUGAUGCAGACGACGAUGAUUCAGCUGUAGAAACCACCGAGUUCAAUCUGGGAGAUAUUGAUCCAGAUAUGCUGAGCGAGGACCAUACACAUACGAGCAUACUCUUGGAAACUCCAACUGGAGUGACAGUGUUUCUCAAUUCAGCAUCUGUUCGUUACAUCGCCGCCUUGCUGGGUGCAAUUCAGGCUUCUGAGCCAGACGAUAUUCUCGACAAUCUCCAGACAAGUUCGAUAACCGGCAUCUUAGAUCUGCAGAAGGAUCAACUCAGCAAAGGGUCCAUCAAUGAAAUCGUCUUGAGGAUCCCGAAGGCAGACUUGCGCUUCGUCAAUCCUUCCUGUAUGGACUCUCAUAUGUCAUCAUCAGAAGAACAGGAUCAAUACGACUUUUCAAUGUCCAAGCUAGCGCUUGCUUUUCGCACUGAAAGCUCGUGGACGGACGCUUUCGAACCCGAAUCCAAAGAGUCGCGACAUUCGUUCCAUGCAAGGGUUGGCUCAGUGGAGGUGUCUGCUUCGGAGAGGCCUAGCAAUAUUGAUGAUGUCCAAUGCGCCGUGACGGCUCGAAUCGAAAAUGUCCUGACUUCAAUGGGAUCCAGGGGCAUCACCAACAUUGACGCGGAUGUUGGCCUUGUCCAGGCUAGUGCAGCUUCUGAAAAGAUCGAAUACAUGGCGUCACUAAUACAUAGAACUAACGUUCUUGCCAGUGACCUGGGCAAGCUUCUCACGACGACAAUUCAGAAAGAGGAAAAGGUAGUGCAGUACCUCGUGUCCUCCCUUGCUCUCCAAGGACAUUCCGCGCCAGAUCCUGGCUUUUUGGUUCGACCAUCAGCCACAUUGAGAUCUGCGUCGCAGCAUGUCCGCACAUAUGACUCUUGGAAGUUGGCCAUGCGCUUGCGGCAGAUGUGGACGGAAUUGGAUCCACAAGCUAGAGAAGAGCUUCGCGUACAAUGUAUCGGAGGGCAGCCGAAGAUGCCAGUCGACGCUAGACAGCAAGCAUUCUCCUAUUUCCAACGAUGGAGGAGUUGGGACCUGGAUAACCUAAGCCAGGCUAUACUCAUGAACAAGGUGUUUGGUACACCAGAUGAAACCCGUUCAUCGACCUCGAUCCCCGCAAAUGUGCCCCUGAUGGCGACCGUCCGCGUUCAUCAAACCAAGCUCGCGAUUGACCCCGGGCCAAAGCAAAAUGAGAUUUUGCUGCUUGACCUCGCUGCUAAAGUUCACCGCGGCGUUUCCGACGUAGUACCGAGGACAGCGGAGGCCACUGAACCAAUCCCUAGCACUUUGCUGACGGUGCUCAACCUUUACUGUGGCACCGCCGCGAUCAAUCUCAACUGGGAUCUUUGCGAGCUAGCCGAAGAUGUACUCAAGUUAUUCAGUCAAAUGCAAUCAGACACAGUGUCUGGGUCUUCAUUGGACUCAGAGAAGAGUGAGCUAGGCGAGGCACUAAGCAGAAAGAAGGAAAAUGAAGCCUUUCACGUUGUUCUAGAGGUUGAGCAAGGGAGUGUUGCCAUUGAUACGAUCAAUUUGAACGGAAGAUCAUCAAGCCAAGGUCUCAAAGCAUCUCUAUUGAUGGGACAUGGCCAACAAGACUCCUCUGAUACCAACCUUAUACUCAGCUGCGAUACUAUAUCGUCUCGCAUUCGCAACCACUCGGAACUGAUUACCACCUUCCGACUUGUUCAACCUAGCGUCUUCGUUUCUCACGAACUCCACGCAACCGAGACUAUCAACGAACACACUAUCAAAGCCACAGCAAGCAGCGACAAGCUAUCAUUGGCCAUCAAGCAGGAGCCUAUUGCACUUAUGGAGGUUCUAGAUACCUUGAUCAAGGACGAAGUCAGUCAAAUGUACAGACUGAAACAUCUUGUUCCUACCACCUCAUCACCAAAGUCUUCCGAGCCCCCAUUGUCGCCUACCAAGAAGAUUGCAGAUAAGCUGUCCAGUUUCAGGGUCAAUGUCGCCAUGUUCCUGAAUGAGUACACUAUCAGCCUACCGCUUCUUCGAUCACUCACUUACAACAUCAGCGGCGUUGUAUCCCGUGCUGCUAUAGCAGCGAACUCCGGCAGGGAACUCAUCUUCGACUUUGACGUCAAAGAGAACUCUCAUGAUAUGCAGAUAACGAUCAAUGACAAAGCACGAAGCAUCUCACUCCUCCAGAUUCCUCCAACCAAUGGCCGAAUUACUAGUCUAUUCGGUCAGGGAAACAACACAACCACCGUUUAUGCAUCGGUAGAGCUCAUACAACUAGAUGCAUCUGCAGUCUACAGCUUACUGUCCGCACUGAACAGACCAGAGAUAUCGAGUACGCUAAACGAGAUUCAAGAGCAGGUUCAGAUCAUCAAGGGCCAUCUCGAGGAGAUUUUUGAACCAGAGGACGGAUCCAACAAAGAUUUGGUAGAGUCGGCCGGGCAGCCUAAGUCAUCACUCUUUAUCUACUCGAUACAUUUAACAUUUGCAGGUCUGGAAGUGUUUGGUGAUACACCACUCAAGUCUGCUCAGGAGCCAGUCGCUCGACUGCUGUUCGCUUUGGAUAGCAUCCACGUCGAAGUUGCCAACCAGGCAGAUCAGCAUGGUCGCGUGCUGGAGAAUCCCGAGAUACAUCUUAGUCUCCGCAAGGUCGCACUGGAGAUUAGGAAGGGCAGACCUGGUGCCAUGGCUGUCUGUGGGAGCGUUGCUUUCGGGGCUCUAGUGACGGCCACAUCAAGAGUUCUAGAGAACGGCACAGAAGAGCGAAACUUGAACGUGAAGAGCAAUGGCUUCGAAGUCGUCUUGUCACCCGAGACUGUUUCCACGUUUGUGGAUGCCGUCGGCUAUAUGGGCGACAAGAUAAAAGACCUGGACACGUCCCGAGAGCGUGAAUACCUACGUAAACUUCGCCAAAACAGACCAAAGAUUGCCAUCAAUGACCAAGAAGAGGACGACGAAUCGGACAUCAUCGAAUCGUUCUUCUCAUCCAUGGUAUAUUCAUUUGAGAUACGGGAUAUCAAUGUAUCUUGGCACGUUCUCGGGUUACGCGAAGAGCCCACUCCUGGCAAGGACGACCUCGUGGUCUCGCUACAAAGGAUCGAGUUCGCCACUCGGACAAGAAACUCGGCGAGGCUGACCAUUGAGAACCUCCAAGUACAAAUGGCCUCACCGACGGGAGACAGAAGAGUUCGUUCAUCCAACUCGGCUCUGCUACCCGAAGUCGUUUUCAGCGUGGCGUACGUCUCGACCGCAGACGCACGACGUCUAGCAUUCCAGGCUGUUGGCAAAUCGGUCGAUAUCCGCCUGACACCUGGCUUCAUCAUCCCAGCCGCAAACUUGGGUGAUUCUAUAGGCCUCUCUAUCAAAAACAUACGAGAAGCGUCCGAGAAUUGGGUACCGCCACCAAAUCAGCUUGAUUCCGUCGAUGAAGGCAGCCCACCACCUGAUCCACCGCCCCGAGCUCGAUCUAUUCUGGGAAGCAAAAGACUGGAAUCAAUGUUGAUCGAUGCGGACUUCCAAGGUGCCGUCGUUCAUGUCAGCGGAAAGAAGUCGGCGGACGACUGGGCAGGGUAUCAAAAACAGAACCGUCCGAGCAUGGGAACCAAGUACGGGCAACCUGCAGCCGACGAACCUGCGGGAGGAAGUACUGAGCUGCGCACACCUGGCCUUGCCCUCAAGGUUGAGUAUCGCGACAACGGCAAAGAGGAUCCGACACUUUAUGCCGAGUUAAGAAUCCAAGCAUCAAGCAACAUAUUAUACCCUUCGGUUGUCCCACUGAUUGUUGACAUCACCAACAGCGUCAAAGAAGUGGUCAGUGACGACUCGGAAACUCAAGUGCAGAGUCCAAAGCCCAAGGCGAAACCCGAGACCAAAGAGAAGCUCAGUCAGGAGGACAGCAUUUUGCUGAGUGCGGAUCCGACCGCCGCGCUGGGGCGCGUUAGGCUCAAUCUUGGGUUGAGGAUUUGCCGGCAAGAGUUUUCACUCAGCUGUCAACCCAUUGCCAGGGUUGCCGCUACAGCUAGCUUUGAGGACAUAUACUUCACCAUAAACACAGUCCGGUCGGUGGAGCAAGGCAACUUCUUGGCAAUAUCGGGUGCCAUGAGCAACAUUCAAGCCUCUGUCCAGCAUGUUUACUCACGCGAGUCAACUGGCAGCUUCGAGGUUGACUCUAUGGUCCUCUCAAUGAUGAACAGCAAGCAUGUCAGCGGUAUCAGCGGCGUGUCUGCCAUUCUCAAAGUCAGCCCCAUGAAAGUUGCAAUCAAUGCUAAACAACUCCAAGACUUUUUGCUGUUCCGAGAGAUCUGGGUUCCUCGCGACCUUAAGAAAGCCGCCAACGAGACAACAUCUACAGACACAGGAUCUACACCUGCCAUGGCUAAACUGACGACAGAGACCUCUCAGGGCCACCUGGUGCAGCGAUACCAACAGGUGGCGGCCACCACAGCAUUCCCCUGGACUGCUACCAUUUCGAUUAGUUCACUCGACAUCAGCGUCGAUCUGGGCCAGGCCAUCGGCAAAUCGGUCUUCUCCAUCCACGAGUUCUGGAUCUCUUCCAAGAAAACCUCGGACUGGGAGCAAAAUCUGUGCCUAGGUUUCCAGCGGAUUGGAAUCGACAGUACUGGCCGCAUGAGUGGCUUCGUGGCAAUGCAGAACUUCAAGCUCCGCACCUCGAUCCAGUGGCCUGAGCGGGAGCAGGCGCUCAACGAGACACCACUGGUGCAGGCAUCCAUCAGCUUUAGUCAAUUCCGAGCCAAGAUCGCAUUUGACUAUCAAGCCUUUCUGGUUGCGGAUAUCACAUCGAUGGACUUCCUUAUGUACAAUGUUCGAAGAAGUCUCGAGGGCGGUGGAGACAGGCUGGUCGCGAGCUUCAACGGCGAUGCGGUGCAAGUGUUUGGAACCACCACGUCCGCUGCACAGGGCGUGGCUCUGUAUCAAGCAUUCCACAAGCUGGUGCAGGAGCGCAGGACCAAUUUUGAGGCUUCAGUCCGAGAGAUUGAAAAGUUCACACGGCGUCGAUCUUCAACGGUGCCAGAGGUCGUCAAGAGGCUCACAAUACCUAAGAAGAAGGACGAUGAUGGCCUUUCCAAAUCCCCCAUCUCCCUGGAUACCGAUGUAGUGGUGACUCUGAAGGCACUAAAUUUGGGUGUCUUCCCAUCCACCUUCUCGGAUCACCAAGUUUUCAAAAUGGAAGCGCUUAACGCACAGGCACGCUUCGCAGCCAGUGCUGGUGGCAGGGAUCGCAGGAUUCACAGCAUGUUAGGCCUGACGCUCGGUCAGCUCCGGAUCGGUCUGGCAGGAGUCAGACACGUGGAGGCGCCCAGGUCUGUCAACGAGCUUUCGGUUGAUGAUGUCGUGCUGAGUGCCACAGGAUCCAGGGGUGGCACAAUCCUCAAGGUUCCAAAGGUCGAGGCAGUGAUGCAGACUUGGCAGGCCCCACAAUCACGACACAUUGAUUACAUAUUCAAGAGCGCGUUCGAGGGCAAGGUUGAGGUCGGCUGGAACUACAGCCGUAUCAGUUAUAUUCGUGGUAUGUGGGCCAAUCACUCCAAGACGCUAGCGUUGGCCUCAGGUAAGGAGCUUGCCCUACCGGCAAUCAAAGUGACGGGCAUCCCUGGUCAGGUGGAUGAGGAAAAGAAGGAGAGCGCCGCAGCUCGAGGUGGGAGCUCAUCAUCCGCAGCCUCGGAGAUUGCGAAUGCAAUGAAGACUGCUGCUGGGAGCGCCGUGGCGGCCGCUGCGGGCAAACCAGAGGAUAUGGCGGAGAUUCAAGGUCAGACAAGGAGCCGCAGCGGGAGUGGGAGCAGUCAGACCAACAAGAUAACGGCCGAGGUCCAUGUGCCUCAGAGCAAGUAUGACUACACGCCACUGGAGCCGCCGAUCAUCGAGACGCCGCAGCUAAGAGACAUGGGCGAGGCGACGCCGCCACUCGAAUGGAUCGGACUCCACCGGGACAGACUGCCGAACUUGACGCAUCAGAUAGUGAUUGUUUCGCUGCUAGAGUUGGCUGGGGAGGUGGAGGACGCAUACAAGAAGAUAUUGGGAUCUUCGUAG